GUCUCUGGCCAAAAGAUCUGGGGGCAUCAGCGGCCAAAGCUAUUUCCGCCUACCCUGUGGGACAACAGGCUAAUUGCGCAGAGCCGCGGCCGCAGCCGGAGCAGACGGGUUCCCCACACCUGAAGCUGACGCGAUGUGGCUGUCGCUGCUGCUGCUGGCUGCGCUGCUGCUGGCCGUCCUCGGCCAAGUUUACAAGUGGCUGUUUGCAGGCAGCUCUCCGAACCCCUUCUCCGAGGACGUUAAGAGGCCACCCGCACCCCUCGUGACGGACAAGGAAGCCAGGAAGAAGGUUCUCAAACAAGCUUUCUCAGUCAGCCGAGUGCCAGAGAAGCUGGAUGUGGUGGUGAUUGGCAGUGGCUUUGGGGGCCUGGCUGCAGCUGCGAUCCUGGCCAAAGCCGGCAAGCGCGUUCUGGUGCUGGAACAACAUACCAAGGCGGGAGGCUGUUGCCAUACCUUUGGACAGGAUGGCCUUGAAUUUGACACGGGAAUCCAUUAUAUUGGGCGCAUGGAGGAGGGCAGCUUUGGCCGAUUUAUCUUGGACCAGAUCACCGAGGGGCAACUGGACUGGGCCGCCUUGUCUUCUCCCUUUGACAUCAUGGUCCUCGAUGGGCCCAAUGGCCGAAAGGAGUUUCCCAUGUACACUGGGAAGAAGGCCUAUGUUCAGGGCCUCAAGGAGAAAUUUCCCCAGGAAGAAGCUGCCAUCGACAAGUACAUAAAGCUGGUUAAGAUGGUGUCCAGCCGCGCCUCUCAUGCCAUCUUGUUGAAGAUCCUCCCGCUGCCCUUGGCUCAGUUCCUCAACAAGUACGGGCUGCUCACUCGUUUCUCGCCGUUCCUCCGUGCGUCCACCCAGAGCCUGGCCGAGGUCCUGCAGCAGCUGCCAGCCUCUCCGGAGCUCCAGGCUGUGCUCAGCUACAUUUUCCCCACUUAUGGUGUGACCCCCAGCCACAGCACCUUUGCCAUGCACGCUCUCCUGGUUGACCACUACUUGAAAGGGGCCUUUUAUCCGAAAGGGGGUACCAGUGAAAUUGCCUUCCACACCAUCCCUGUGAUUCAGCGGGCUGGGGGCACCGUCCUGACAAGGGCCCCUGUGCAGAGCAUCUUGCUGGACUCAGCUGGGAAAGCCUGUGGUGUCGCCGUGAAGAAGGGGCAAGAGCUGGUGAACAUCUUCUGCCCCGUCGUGAUCUCCGACGCAGGACUCUUCAACACCUACGAGCACUUGUUGCCGGAGAAGGCCCGCUCGCUUCCAGGGGUGCAGCGGCAGCUGGAGACCGUAAGGCCGGGCUUGAGCAUAUUCUCUGUCUUCAUCUGCCUCCGAGGCACCAAGAAGGACCUGGGUCUGUCGUCCACCAACUACUAUGUCUAUUUUGACACAGACAUGGACAAGGCGAUGGAGCACUACCUCUCCCAGGCCAGGGACAAGGCUGCAGCCCACAUGCCCCUGCUCUUCAUCGCUUCUCCGUCCAGCAAGGACCCGACUUGGCAGGACCGGUUCCCAGACCGCUCCACCCUGAUCGUGCUGGUGCCCACCUCCUAUGAGUGGUUCGAAGAGUGGCGGGACGAGCCCAAGGGAAAGCGGAGCAGCGACUAUGAGACCCUCAAAAGCUCCUUCGUUGAAGCCUCUCUGUCAGUCGUCCUGAAGCUGUUUCCACAGCUGGAGGGGAAGGUGGACAGUGUGACUGGAGGGUCCCCGCUGACCACUCAGUUCUACCUGGCGGCUCCCCGGGGUGCCUGCUACGGAGCUGACCAUGACUUGAGCCGCCUGCACCCUCAUGUGAUGGCCUCCAUGAGGGCCCAGAGCCCCAUCCCCAACCUCUACCUGACAGGCCAGGAUAUCUUCACCUGUGGGUUGAUGGGAGCCCUGCAGGGGGCCCUGCUGUGCAGCGGUGCCAUCCUGAAGCGGAACUUGUACUCAGAUCUCUGGAAGCUGGGCUCGAAGAUCCAGGCACAGAAGAAGAAUAAGAAGAAGAAUUAGUCUGGUCAGGGAGGAGUCAGGGGAAUUUGGCCCGUGCUAGGGCACAGACCCCUGACCUUCCCGAGCUUUUCUGCCUUAGUUCCUUGAUCAUGCAAAGAUUCUGAUUUGUUUCUGAUUUCUGAAUGGAGGCAUGACAUGAAAGUCUAGCAAAGGUCACGGUUCUAAAA